AUGAGCUUGGAAAAUGAGGAUAAACGGGCUCGCACGCGCUCCAAGGCCCUCCGAGUGCCCCCAGAGCCCACAGGUGCCGACCUCAGCUGCCCCACCCCAGGAUGCACAGGCUCAGGACACAUCCGGGGCAAGUACUCCAGACACCGCAGUUCGCAGAGCUGCCCGCUGGCCAAGAAGAGGAAGCUGGAGGGCGCGCCGGCCGAGCACCUGGCGUCCACACGGAAGUCCCGGCCCCUGAAGCUGGCACUGGACGAGGGCUGUGGCGCGGACACCGACGGCAGCGAGGACGCCGAGGUGAAGGACGCCUCUGUCUCCGAUGAAUCGGAAGGAACUCCGGAGGAGGACGAGGCUGAACUGCCAGGACAGGAGGAGAUUCAUCGUCCCGAGCCAGCUGAAGGAAGGAGCCCUGUCAAGUCCCACUUCGGAUCCAAGCCUGUCGGCAGCUCUGCGGGCCCCGCCAAGGGCGGCUACAGCAGCUACCAGGAGAUCAUUGCUACUUCUCUCCUCAACCUGGGCCAAAUCGCUGUACAGACCCUAGUUGGGGAGGACUUGGGCCAGGGGGCCAAGCCGGGCCCUGGUGUUGGGCACCUGGUGCAGGAGGAGGCUGAGGAAGGGGCCACCAGUGACGAGGGGGAGAAGGACGUGUUCCUCAGGCCAGAGGAUGCAGAGCAGGUGACGGGAGUCACCAGGGAGCGUCCCCAGGAGCUCAGUCCCCAGGCCGUGGAGGGUGUGGCCAGUGAAGGGUCCAGCAAGAGGAAAGUCGCUCUGGGUAAUGAGGAAGAGGAAGAGGAGGAGGACGAAGAGGAGGAGGAGGAGGAAGAGGAGGAGGAAGAGGAGGAGGAGGAAGAGGAGGAGGAAGAGGAGGAGGAGGAGGAGGAAGAGGAGGAGGAAGAAGAGGAGGAGGAAGAAGAGGAGGAGGAGGAGGAAGAGGAGGAGGAGGAGGAGGAGGAGGCGGCGGCGGCCGCUCCUGAGGUCAUCUGCCAGGAGGAUGCCCCCCUGGCCCCUGGCCAGAAGGUCCCUGAAGCCCGGCCGCUGGCCUCGCCCAGCCCGAAGCCCGAGUACCCCGUCCUGGGGGAGGAGCGCUCCGACGACGGCCUGGACGAAGACGCGCACUCCCAGAAGUCCGCGGCCACCGACGCGUCGGAGAUGUACGACGUGAUGACACGUGGGAACUUGGGUCUCCUGGAGCAGGCUAUUGCCCUAAAGGCUGAGCAGGUACAAGCCGUCUGUGAGCCCGGCUGCCCGCCCACGGAGCGGGGCCAGCUGGGCCCCGGGGAGCCCGGGAAGGCAGUGAGGCCCCUGGAUGCCCGGAAGAGCUACUGUAGCAAAGAUCCCUCAAGAGCUGAGAAGCGUGAGAUCAAGUGUCCGACUCCAGGCUGUGAUGGCACUGGCCACGUCACAGGGCUGUACCCUCACCACCGAAGCCUGUCUGGCUGCCCCCACAAGGACAGGAUCCCCCCGGAGAUCUUGGCCAUGCACGAGAAUGUGCUCAAGUGCCCCACCCCCGGCUGCACCGGCCAAGGCCACGUGAACAGCAACCGCAACACUCACAGAAGUUUGUCUGGGUGUCCCAUUGCUGCUGCUGAGAAAUUGGCCAAAUCUCAUGAGAAGCAACAGCCGCAGGCGGGAGACCCUUGCAAGAGUAGCUCCGGUUCCGAUCGGACCCUCAGGCCUAUGUGCUUUGUGAAGCAGCUUGAAGUCCCUCCGUAUGGAAGCUACCGGCCUAAUGUGGCUCCUGCCACCCCCAGGGCUAACCUGGCCAAGGAGCUGGAGAAGUUCUCCAAGGUCACCUUUGACUACGCAAGUUUUGACGCUCAGGUUUUUGGCAAACGCAUGCUUGCCCCAAAGAUUCAGACCAGCGAAACCUCACCUAAAGCCUUUAAAUGCUUCGACUACACGCAUGAUGCCGAGGCCGCGCACAUGGCUGCCACGGCCAUCCUGAACCUCUCCACGCGCUGCUGGGAGAUGCCGGAGAACCUCAGCACGAAGCCACAGGACCUGCCCAGCAAGGCCACGGACAUCGAGGUGGAUGAAAACGGGACCCUGGACCUGAGCAUGCACAGACACCGCAAGCGCGAUGGCGCCUUCCCGGGAGGCGGCCCUGGCGGGAAGGCUCCCGACGCCUCCCAGCGCCAGAGCAGCGCCAGCGCCGCCCCCAGCAGCUCCAUGGCCUCGCCCCCGUGCAGCCAGGCCUCCCGCCAGGACGAGUGGGACCGACCCUUGGACUACACCAAGCCCAGCCGCCCGCGAGAGGAGGAGCCUGAGGAGUCAGAGCCAGCAGCCCAUUCUUUUGCUUCUUCUGAAGCAGAUGACCAGGAAGUGUCAGAAGAGAGUUUUGAGGAGCGGAAGUACCCCGGGGAAGUUACCCUGACCAACUUUAAGAUGAAGUUUCUCUCCAAGGACAUAAAGAAGGAACUGCUCACCUGCCCCACCCCUGGCUGUGACGGCAGCGGCCACAUCACCGGGAACUAUGCCUCUCACCGCAGCCUCUCUGGUUGCCCUCUUGCUGACAAGAGCCUCAGAAACCUCAUGGCUGCCCAUUCUGCUGACCUCAAGUGCCCCACCCCCGGCUGUGACGGUUCUGGCCACAUAACAGGGAACUACGCCUCACACCGAAGCUUGUCAGGCUGCCCUCGGGCCAAGAAAAGUGGAGCCAGGGUGACGCCCACGAAGGACGACAAGGAAGACCCCGAGCUGAUGAAGUGCCCUGUUCCCGGCUGUGUGGGGCUUGGUCACAUCAGUGGCAAAUAUGCAUCCCACAGAAGUGCAUCUGGCUGCCCAUUGGCUGCUCGGAGGCAGAAAGAGGGUUCCCUUAAUGGCUCCCCCUUUUCCUGGAAAUCACUGAAGACCGAGGGGCCUACCUGCCCCACUCCGGGCUGUGACGGCUCUGGCCACGCCAACGGUAGCUUCCUCACCCACAGGAGCUUGUCUGGCUGUCCCAGAGCGACCUUUGCUGGAAAGAAGGGAAAGGUCUCAGGGGAUGAGGGUCUCAGCACCAAGUUCAAGACAAGUGACGUACUGGAGAAUGAUGAGGAGAUCAAGCAGCUGAAUCAGGAGAUUCGUGAUCUGAACGAGUCCAACUCUGAGAUGGAGGCCGCCAUGGUGCAGCUGCAGUCCCAGAUCUCCUCCAUGGAGAAGAGCCUCAAGAACAUCGAGGAGGAGAACAAGGUCAUUGAGGAGCAGAACGAAGCCCUGUUUCUGGAGCUGUCGGGCCUGAGCCAGGCUCUCAUCCGAAGUCUUGCCAACAUCCGCCUUCCGCACAUGGAGCCAAUAUGUGAGCAGAAUUUCGAUGCCUACGUGAGCACCCUCACUGACAUGUACUCCAACCAGGAGUGCUACCAGAACCCCGAGAACAAGGACCUCCUGGAGAGCAUCAAACGGGCUGUGAGGGGCAUCCAGGUCUAGAGCUCACCAUCCAGAAGCCACCCCACCAAUCAGGACACCUGGGGCACCCCGACUUGGCUCCAUCGAUUACCUCCCUUGCCCUGACCCCGCGGUGGAGACGCCCAACUGGCAGCGACCAGUUGGCAGCCCAGGGCGGGCUUAUCCAAAGGGGUGCCUGGAAACCGGUGUCUUUCUCACCGUGCUUGCCAGGCUGGAGGCCUUGACCUCCCCACACGAGUGCAGGGCAAGGCACG